AUGAAUGGUGGGAAAUCAUACGCGGAUACGCUCUGUAUAACCCGUACUCCGUCACAUUUCUUGGUCAAGAUCCCCGACAGCAUCCCGUCGGCAGAGGCAGCGCCCAUGAUGUGUGGCGGUGUCACCCUCUAUAGUCCAUUAAAGCAUAACGGCUGCGGCCCCCGAAAAUGUGUAGGCAUUAUUGUUGUCGCCAUCUCGCGCAAGGUGGGCAAGAGCGAGGACGUGCUCCAGAUGGUUGCAGAUGGAUAUAUCGCAACUGAUGACGAGCUCGAUUGGGCUACAAAAUAUGUUUGUUCCUUGACCUCAUCAUCAGCAGAGUGUGUUCUACGAAAGCGAGAGAAGAUCCCCAACAAACGCCUGAGCAAACGCUCUUCGAGACAUUAA